GAUCCGGUCCAAUUAGAAAAUCGCAUGCCCAAUUCCUCUACAGCUCCUCUCUCAGUCGUGUGACGGUCGUACGCUAUACUGCCUAUCCGUUUCCAUCUCCUCAUCACCCCCUUAGGUCGGACGCAGUACACCUCGCCGUUCGUCUAAGCUGAGAUUACAGAUUGACAACUUGAAAAAUGUCGGACCAGAGGUUGACCCGUAUUGCUAUUGUCAGCUCUGACAAAUGCAAGCCAAAGAAGUGCCGUCAGGAGUGCAAGAAGAGCUGCCCCGUGGUUAAAACUGGCAGACUAUGUAUUGAGGUCACCCCUCUAACCAAGAUUUCCUACAUCUCCGAGGAGUUGUGCAUAGGAUGUGGUAUUUGUGUGAAGAAAUGCCCAUUUGAAGCAAUUCAGAUCAUCAAUCUGCCAAAGGACUUGGACAAGGAUACAACACAUCGUUAUGGUCCUAACACAUUCAAAUUGCAUAGGUUGCCAGUUCCAAGACCAGGACAAGUUCUUGGCCUGGUGGGAACAAACGGUAUUGGAAAAUCAACUGCCCUUAAGGUUUUAGCUGGGAAACUAAAACCCAAUUUGGGACGCUUCAAUAACCCUCCUGAUUGGCAAGAGAUAUUGACUUACUUCCGAGGUUCUGAAUUGCAGAAUUACUUCACUCGCAUUCUCGAAGAUAACUUAAAGGCUAUCAUAAAGCCUCAGUAUGUGGAUCAUAUUCCAAAGGCCGUGCAAGGAAAUGUGGGGCAAGUUCUUGAUCAAAAGGAUGAGAGGGACAUCAAAGAAGAACUAUGCAUUGAUCUUCAGCUGAAUCAGGUUUUGGACCGUAAUGUUGAAGAUUUAUCUGGUGGUGAGCUUCAACGGUUUGCCAUCGCUGUUGUUGCUAUACAGAAUGCAGAGAUCUACAUGUUUGAUGAACCAUCAAGUUACCUUGAUGUGAAACAAAGGCUCAAAGCUGCUCAAGUUGUUAGAUCAUUGCUUAGACCCAACAGCUAUGUAAUUGUUGUGGAACAUGAUUUGAGUGUUUUAGAUUACUUGUCGGACUUCAUAUGCUGCCUAUAUGGAAAACCCGGUGCAUAUGGUGUUGUCACCCUUCCUUUCUCUGUUAGAGAAGGAAUUAACAUAUUCUUGGCUGGUUUUGUGCCAACAGAGAAUCUGAGGUUUCGUGAUGAAUCACUUACCUUUAAGGUUGCUGAAACUCCACAGGAAAGUGCUGAGGAAGUUGAAUCAUAUGCUCGCUAUAAAUAUCCUACCAUGUCAAAGACUCAAGGUAAUUUCCGGCUUAAGGUGGUUGAGGGUGAAUUUACUGAUUCCCAGAUUAUUGUAAUGCUUGGCGAGAAUGGUACUGGGAAGACAACUUUCAUCCGAAUGCUGGCUGGGUUGCUAAAGCCUGACGUUGUGGAUGGUGAUGUAGAGAUACCAGAGUUUAAUGUCUCUUACAAGCCACAGAAAAUCAGUCCCAAAUCUAAAUCUACCGUGAGGCAUUUGCUACACCAGAAGAUACGCGAUUCGUAUACACAUCCACAGUUCCACUCAGAUGUAAUGAAGCCUCUACAAAUUGAGCAAUUGAUGGAUCAAGAAGUUUUGAACCUAUCUGGUGGAGAGCUUCAGAGAGUUGCCCUAGUUUUGUGUCUCGGGAAGCCGGCUGACAUAUACCUGAUAGAUGAACCCAGUGCAUACCUGGAUUCUGAGCAGCGUAUUGUGGCUUCAAAAGUCAUAAAGAGAUUUAUACUUCAUGCGAAGAAGACAGCUUUCGUGGUGGAGCAUGACUUCAUCAUGGCAACUUACCUAGCUGACAGAGUGGUUGUGUAUGAGGGGAGGGCAUCUGUUGAUUGUAUUGCAAACUCUCCACAAUCCUUGCUCACUGGAAUGAAUCUUUUCCUAUCCCAUCUGGAUAUCACAUUCCGAAGGGAUCCAACCAAUUUUCGCCCAAGAAUUAACAAACUUGAUUCAACCAAGGACAGGGAACAAAAGAAUGCUGGUUCCUAUUAUUACCUGGAUGAUUGAUUGCUUUGACGAUAGCUAACCCUCCCUUGUUCCAUCUUUGAGGCAUAUUAGAUGCACAUUUUUUUGUCUUUUCCUACUGCUGGGCUUAACAGUGGCCUCCCAUCCCCUUCCUCUGUUGCUUUUGUGUUUAUAGAUCUCACAUAUUGAGUUUUGGUAUAACUUUAAGCAUAAAGAGAUUCUAUAGAGAAACUAGGGGAUUGAUGAUGCGAAUUGCUACACUCCCAGGAUGUAGUAGUGCAGUUUGUGUUAGGCUUAUCUUUUACUGAGCUUGUUUUUUUUAUUAUAUUGGGAUAUUGGUAUGAGAUCAUGAGAUGUUAAACUCACGCAUAUUUGACGUGUCAUGUGUGGGUAAUUCUUGGGUGAAAGAUUUUAAUGUAUUUCUGCUGUGCCUUUUAUGUACACACAUAAAUAUGCAAACAUACAUAUACAUAAAAUAUACUUCGUAUU